AAUAAUAUUCUCUGAGAAGCAUUCAAGGCCGUGUUCUUUUCAAUAUAUGGGAAAACCAAAAACAACAAAAUAUCCUCGGGUUUACAAGAUUUCCCAAGAUACAUGGUCAUACAUGUUUUCAGGGGAUAUGUACAAAUUAUUUUGAUCACUUAAUACCUUGAAAAGAGCUCUUGUGGGACCAGAAUGAUACUUGUAAGUGACAAGUAUGAAACGAGUGUUCAGUGACACUAAAAAACAAAUCAACCUACACAUAGAGGAAGAGCUAUGGACAUAGGGAUGUGAAACUGGUCUUAAGUGUAAUAAAAAGCCAAGAUGCUGCCCCAGUAAGAGAAAAGAAAUCAACAUAACAAUGGGAUGCAGCAAGAGGAAUACUGAGCCAGGAGAGAAAACAUUUUCAAAAAUGAAUCAUUCAUUCACUUUUCAGUAGCUACAGAAAAAAAUGCAGAAGACCCAGGGGAUAUCAUGGCAGUCUAAAAGUCUGAUAUCUUUCACAUGUGGAAAAGCCUUAGGAUCUGAUUCAACUUAGAGAAGGUAGAGUGAUUUUGUGACUACCACUAAGAAAAUAUAAGCUUUUGGGAAACUACCUCUACCUUGACGAUUUUAUACACACAAGGGAUGAGCAAUGAGGAAUAUGCUUAGAUGUAUUGGGAAAGAGGUGGGCCUGUAGCAUUGUCACAAGGGUGCACUAAUACUGAGAGUGACUGCUGAAGAAAUGGUCCCCAUCAGUGACCAUCAGGUGAGACCAGGGCCCUAGUGUUUCAGCACAUCCUGGGCAAUUGGAAUACAGGGCUCCUAAGAUUCCAUGACACCCCCACCUUCUAAUUCUGUUAUUGCAACUGCAGACCGUUACCUGGCACGCUGGCUGCUACCUCCCUCACUCUUGUCAGAGUCGGAGAUAUAGGCAGUGCAUUCAGCUCUGAGCUCAGGCGUCCUGGACCCUGUUUUUGUGGUUAAGGACUCUAAAGUGUUGUGGGGUGUUGAUCAAGUUUCUCUCAACUGUAAGUUAACAAUUCCAGUUAUUGUCAUCUCUCAGUCCUAAUGAAACCUAACUGAUUUCACUAGUUUUUGACCCAUCAUGUGUUUGGGUUUCUUCUCCCCAGUCCCUGGCUCUACCUCUUAUGCCACAAACGUCAGCAUGGUGGUAUCUGCCGACCCUUUGUCCGGCGAGAGGGCAGAGAUGAACAUCCUAGAAAUCAACAAGGAAUUGCGUACCCAGCUGGCAGAGAGCAAUCAGCAGUUCCGAGACCUCAAAGAGAAAUUCCUUAUAACUCAAGCUACUGCCUACUCCCUGGCCAACCAGCUAAAGAAAUACAAAUGCGAAGAGUACAAGGACAUCAUAGACUCUGUGCUGAGGGAUGAACAGCAAUUCACGGAGAAGCUGGCAGAGAAGCUCAGGAAAGCUGAGGAGCUCGGGCAAUAUAAAGCCCUGGUUCACUCUCAGGCACGAGAGCUGACCCAGUUACGGGAGAAGUUACAGGAAGGGAGAGAUGCCUCCCGCUCACUGAAUCAGCAUUUCAAGGCCCUCCUCGCUCCUGAUGACCUUGACAAGUUCCAGGGUCAGGACCUCCGAGAGCAGCUGGCUGAGGGGCACCGGCUGGCAGAGCGCCUUCUCCACAAGCUCCGUCCAGAGAAUGAUGAAGAUGAGUAUGAAGAUGAGAAAGAUGAGGAGAUUGAGAAAGUACAGGAAUCACCUGCUCCCAGGGAGGUGCAGAUGGCUGAAGGAAAGGAAGUCCCUCAGGACUCACUGGAGGAAUGUGCUGUCACUUGUUCAAAUAGUCACGACCCAUCUGACUCCAACCAGCCUCACAGGAGCACCAAAAUCACAUCUGAGGAAGACAAAGUCGGCUCUGCUCUGGUUGUAGAGAAUGAACCCUCUCAUGAUGAAGAGAAGGAAGCUCUAAACAUUCUCCCAGAAAAUCAAAAUGAUCGUGAGGAAGAACAGGGGAAUGUGCCAGUGCUCCCCAGGAACAGACAAUCAGUUGAGCCAGGUGAACUGACUAAACUCAGGGAUUUCCUGAUCUCACCUGUGGUCUCCCAUGUGGUUAAUCCAGAACACCAUGAUAUAUCCAACUCUUACCUGCAUCAUGAAGUCACUUUCUUGGCACUGGAUGAAGAGAAAGUUUGCUCUGCUCAGGAUGUUGCCAGGGAUUACUCCAAUUCCAAAUGGGAUGAAACCCCACUUGGCUUCCUAGAAAAGCAAAAUAAUCUUGAAGAGGUGAAAGGAAAACAAACAAUUGAUCCCAGGCUCAGCAGGGGACCACUGAGGGGGGACAAGCGUGAAGUCCCCCAGGAGUCACUGGAUGGAUGUUGCUUGACUCCUUCCAUCCUUCCUGAACUACCUCACUCCUACCGCCCUUAUGGGAGCACUUCGUACUGUUUUGAAGAAAAGCAAGUCAGCUUGGCUCUUGUAGACAAAAUUGAAAAGGAUCAAGAGGAGCUAGAAGAUCAAGACCCACCGUGCCCCAGCUUGAUCCAGGAUCUGCCAGAGGUGAAGGAGCAGGAAAUGCCAGAGGACUCCGUGGAUGAAGUUUACUUCACUCCUUUAGUUCACCGUGACCUAUCUGACUGCCACCAGCCUUAUAGCAGCACCUUGUCCUCACUGGAGGAUCAACUUGCCUGCUCUGCUCUGGAUAUAGCCUCUCCCACCAAGAGGGCCUGUCCCCAAGGGACUUGGAGUGCAGACUUGAGCUACCACCUGUCAGAGGUGCAGGCUUCACAGGCACAGCUGGAGCCCAAAUGUCUGCGACUACAGCUGGAUCAAGGGAAUGGCUUGGCCAGGCAGGGCCUUUCCUCUACCACUUGCAGCUUCUCAGCCAAUGCUCAUUCUGGGAACCAAGGGCCCUUCCAAGAGCUGGUUUUAGAGCCCUCCCUGGGGAUGAAGAACCCUCCCCAGCUGGACGAUGAUGCACUUAAAGGCUCAGCAGACAACACACAAGGGCAUCAAGUCAUUGGCCAGAUUCACGCCUCCAGUGUCCUGAAACCAAAGAUCAUCAAACGAAAAUUCUCAUUCAGCAAGUGGAGACUGGCAUGCAGAUUCCCUGGCCUGCAAGCUUAGAAUACCAAAUACUGCUGGAAGGAUGCAAAGGAAGAAAGGAUGUCACAAAAAGUAGCUUUUCCACUUGAUGAAAACAACUAA